GUCAAGAGUCGUAUUAGCCACGUCAUCUGGAAUGAGUGAAUAUACCGUAGGGCCGUUACCUAAACCAACAUACCAUAGAAAAACAAAAUACCCAAAAUGGAGAAAAACGGAUUUUAAAUUCACAGAUCGUCCUUGGCUCAUAGACUCAACUGCUCUUACAAGAACCAUUCAACGGGAAGGAAGAAAGAUGAAGCAACUCCUUCAUGAAAGUUUCAAUGGAUUUGAUUUUGAAGAUGACUGCGGUAACAAAUGUCUUAUGUAUCAUGAUUUAAGACUGAAAGUCUUCCAGGGCAGUAGAUUACUAUGGGCUAAUGUUAUGAGAGUAGUUCCACCUUCGGUAGGUGCUCGAUAUGAGUAUCCACUACCACUUCAGAUUCUCGUGAACAUGACAAGCAAAGACGCUGAUUUAUGGAACGCUGUCCAAGUUUGGUACAAUGGUCAACAUUUCGAUUCUACGGAUGACUUAAUGACAAAGUACAUUAAUGGGUCAGUAACAAAGAUUGUCAUGUCGUACAAUGAAUCAGAUGUGUACUCCUCUAUGAAACGAAGAGGAACUGGUAAAACCAAGAGCACAAAUAGAGGACCAGAUUGUUUUCCGCAAGAUGGCAGACGAUACUCAGUCGAUGGACAUCGUGUCAAGUAUAUGGACUGGGAGUUUGAAUUUACUUACAGGCAAACCACAGGUCCGCAACUCUUUGAUGUACAGUUUAAAAAGGAAAGAAUUGUCUAUGAAUUGAGCUUACAGGAAAUAUUAUUGUCAU